AAUGGCGCCGCCGCCCAACAGCUUUCAUCAAUCGGCAGUCAGCCACCUAUAUACUUCCCUACCCUGGUUAUCUCUUAUGUAUGUGGGUUCCUCGAUUUCAAUUCCAAUCUCAUUUGGAUUUUUCUCCAAUCAAACCCAAAUACCCAUUCCGGAAUUCAACGAUUUGUGCAUAAUUUUCUUUAAUCCGAUCAACCAUGGCGGCACUCUGCAAUAGGUUUUCAAAAGCAUGCGCCACCAUCACAAACCGCCAUUUCAAAAUCUCCACCUAUGUAAGGUCUAUGAGCAACGUGCCAGAAAACACCGUCUACGGAGGCCCAAAACCUCAAAACCCUGACCAAAGAGUCACUUUGACAAGUCUACGCACAAAGCACAGGAAAGGGGAGGCGAUAACGAUGGUGACUGCUUACGAUUACCCGUCGGCAGUUCAUUUAGAUACGGCUGGAAUUGAUAUUGCACUCGUCGGAGACUCUGCGUCUAUGGUUGUUCACGGCCAUGAUACGACGUUGCCGAUCACGUUGGAUGAGAUGUUGAUGCAUUGUCGAUCUGUUGCUAGAGGAGCUAAAAGGCCAUUGCUUGUUGGGGAUCUUGCUUUUGGUACCUAUGAAUCCAGCUCUCAACAGGCUGUUGAUACAGCAGUGAGGGUAUUGAAAGAAGGAGGAAUGGAUGCAAUCAAGUUGGAAGGGGGUGCACCAUCCAGGAUUUCAGCUGCAAAACACAUCGUUGAAGCUGGGAUCGCGGUUAUGGGCCAUGUAGGCCUCACCCCUCAAGCCAUUAGCGUUCUUGGUGGAUUUAGACCUCAAGGGAGGAAUGUUCUCAGUGCUGUCAAGGUUGUGGAGACAGCACUAGCAUUGCAGGAAGCUGGGUGUUUCUCUGUUGUUCUUGAAUGUGUGCCUGCACCUGUGGCUGCAGCCGCAACUUCUGUUCUUCGUAUACCCACCAUCGGUAUCGGGGCUGGCCCUUUUUGCAGUGGGCAGGUCCUUGUUUACCAUGAUCUCUUGGGAAUGAUGCAGCAUCCGCAUCACGCAAAGGUUACUCCAAAGUUCUGUAAGCAGUUUGCUCAAGUAGGAGAAGUUAUCAACAAAGCUUUAUCAGAUUAUAAACAAGAAGUUGAAAACCGGUCGUUUCCAGGGGCGCUGCACAGCCCUUACAAAAUCAAUACAACCGAGGUCGAUGGGUUCUUGAAGGAAUUGCAGAAGAUGGGUUUAGAUGAGGCAGCAGCCGCAGCCGCAGAGGCUGCCGAGAAAGUCGAGGCCAACAGGUAAGAAGAUCGAAACUGCAAAUUUCUUCACAUUCAUGAAGAUCUUGUAAGGUUUGUUCGAAUUGAUGAAAUGAGCUUUCAGUUAGAAUGCCAAUUUUGUAGGCAAAUCCAACAAUAAUGGACUCUAAAACUAGAAAUCCCAUUAUUCGAAUCAAACACUUAAUCUUUAUCGAUA